AUGCCACUUGUCACUGGCCACCGGUUUCCCGGAGUUAGCGGCAGCGACUUUGCAGCCUCGACACUGGCCAGGCGCUCCCUCUUCUCACCGCGGCCCACGUCUCCUCGUUUGGGAGCCCAUUGUCCUGGCUCCGGUGGCCUCGCUGGGUCUCGGGGAGGCGGAGUACUGUUCUUCCCUGUGGCGAAAAGCCGGAGUCGGCCCUGGGCACCCACGACUCGCAGGGUAAAGAAGCUAAGUGGAAGAGUGUUUCUCCCUCAGGGCGCAAAGGAGGUACUCCCUGCAGCACCAGCUGUCUCCGCCCUACUCCAGACCACCCCAGAGACUCUGUGGGAUGAACCUGAGUCAGCCGACUCCCAGCCCCUUCCCUUGGACCUGCCGUGGCUCGGGACAUCAGUGACAGACGGAAGCAGCGGACCAUCAGGGCCACAGGAGGCCCGGGGCACUUGCGAAGAUGGAGUCAAGACUGUGGAGACGCGCUGGCGUUCCCUGCUGAGCAGCCAGCGGAACCGUACCAUCGCCAUCCACAUUGCUCACAGGGACUGGGAUGACGAUGCCUGGCAGGAGCUGCUGGUGGAGAGGCUGGGGAUGACUCCUGCUCAGAUUCAGGCUUUGCUCAGGAAAGGGGAAAAGUUUGGUCGAGGAGUGAUAGCGGGACUCAUUGACAUUGGGGAAACUUUGCAAUGCCCCGAAGACUUAACUCCCGAUGAGGUUGUGGAACUAGAGAAUCAAGCUGUACUGACCAACCUGAAGCAGAAGUACCUGACUGUGAUUUCAAACCCCAGGUGGUUACUGGAGCCCAUACCUAGGAAAGGAGGCAAAGAUGUAUUCCAGGUAGACAUCCCAGAGCACCUGAUCCCUUCGGGCCAUGAAGUGUGACAAGUGUGGGCUCCUGAGAGGAAUGUUCCAGAGAAACCAGCUAAAUCAUGACACCUUCAAUUCACCAUCCUGACGCAGACGUAUAUACAUUAGGUUAAAUCUGAAUUUCCACUGCUUUGGAGAGUCCCACCCACUAAGCACUGUGCAUGUAAACAGGUUUCUUUAUUCAGAUGAAGGAAGCAGCGGGAGGGGCUUUCCUUGUGUGAUGCCUUUUUAGGCACACAGGCAAUGUCUCAAGUACUUUGACCUUUGGGUAGAAGGAAAAGCUGCCAGUAAAUGUCUCGGCACUGCUGCUAAUUUGGGUCCUGCUAGUUUCUGGAUUGUGUAAAUAAAUGUGUUGUAGAUGA